AUGACGCAGGCAAGAGCCAGGGUCAGCGACUCGUCGCCCAGGCAGCGUCGUGCCAGCUCGCCAAGAGAGAGAGGGGCAAUACCAUCUCUACCAGCUGCACGCGAGAGCCAAUCCAUCCCACCCAGCUCUGAGGCGCACGUGUCAAGAACAGCAUCCUCGACUUUGCCCUUCUUCUACAAUCUGCCAGCUGGUCACGCUCCGCUGCCUCUGGUGCCCGGCAUAACUACCGCUCCUCAACCAGUUCCCGCCAACACGGCAUCCCCUAGCAUUGCUGUACCAUCGGCCCACGAAUUGGCUUCUUCGCAGCCUGGAAAUGCAGCAAGAUGGUCGUCUGGAGCUACGCGCGUAGAAGCGCAGCCGAUCAUCUCGAGUACGCCAAGCGUCACGACUUCUGCGGCUUGGCCGCUCGAUUUCACCACGUCAAGCUCAGCCUGGCGUUCCGAUGCUCCUAACGACAUUGCGCCUUUUCCUGCUCACUCCGUUCCACUCGAUCUCAAUGGCGUUGACCUUGCAAGCAAUGGGAACGUGGGCCAGAAUUUUAACCAACAACAGGCAGAUGGCUGGAACGAAUUUAUGCGCACUUUGGCUGCCAUCGCUGCUGACAGCAGUGCCACGCCAAGGAGCGGAGACUCGUAUGCCCACGGGAGCACCCCAGGCUCUGCCGGAUUGAUACACAACGGCAAGUCUUUUGAUCCCACAGCAAGCGUGAACCGAGUGGACAGUCAAGAGAGCCUCCUCGUCCACACCUCUGCGACUUCUACCAGCGCUCAUUCUGCAGCACCUCCUGCCCGUCAAUCCCACGAUCGAGGCCAAGAGCGGAACACACCUGCGCAUAUUCAGAAUCUCCUGAACAAACCCGAGCCACCUGUUAGGCGCACGGCUGAGACGUUCACAUCUUCCCACUCUACGCAAGCCUGGCCUAGCACUUGCUCGCCGCCAGCAAACGGCGGGACGGGCGAAUCUUGCGCCCCGUUGCGUCCUGUCCUCGCAUCUUCGCGCCUCGAUGCUUUGCUAGAGCACUACAUGCCGAUCUGUGAGUCGAGACGUCGCCAAGCAGAGCUGGCUAGUCAUCGUGUAGGCAGUGGUUCGCGUCCACUGAUGCAUCCUAUCGUGUCCUGCAUCACUCGCAGUCUCGAAGCUGAUUCUCAUCUACUCUGCUGAUGCACCGUGGCUGCCGCGCUUCCUCGAGAUUGCAUGCACCAACGAAAUGUCAAAAGCUAGCGUGGUGGCAGUCGUCGCUGCGUUUCACGAGCGGCUAUUUGGUGAUCCGAGCCUGGACCCGACAAGUGCAGACAAGCGCCGUCAAGGCUCUUUGAAGGCAAAAGACUUGUACCCGGAUGAAUCUGGGCAAGAAGUUGUGGAGGAAGAGUCGGAUGACCAAGAUGAUGGCGAGGAAUGGAGAAGCUCCAGACUUCGUAAACGCAAAAGAAGACACUCUCAGGCUGACAUCGAGUCUGAGAGCGAAUGCGAUCUCGACGCAUCUCCUCGUUCACGCUCGCCUCCUCGACCUUUUCCCGUCGUUCGGCUAGCCCGCGCCGCAUUCCAGCAGUCUGGUCUAUCACCGCACGCUGCCUCGCCAGACGGUGCUAUGCCAAAUGGCGUCGGGAAUGGUCAGCCAGACGGCAGGGAUCGUCGCACGAUGCCCUCGGAGCCCGACCGUACCUCGUCUGCGCAUCUACAUGCCGCUGCUAGGCGGCGCCAAGUGCAAAGAUCGGAAGCUAGCCAAAUGGUCCUUUCGCCGGCGCCUUGGUGGCAACUGGCCUACUCUCUGCUAUUCUCGCCCUUUUCCCAUUCCAGCCCCUUGGAAGUGAAGAUUAUGACUAUUCUCAAUCUAAAAUGCGCUGUGGUGAGUGUUGCGAAUGUGCGAUACAGCGGCAGCAUCCUUGCUGACGCCGUUUCGUAGCUCUGCGUGGAAGGCAGUAUGACGGCUCGAAGAUUGAUGGAUCGCUUGCCAGAGAUUGUGAGUGUGGCCUUGGCUCGUAUUGCUAGCCAAGCUAACGAAGAUACGCCCUGCUACCGCCGACGUGAUGCGUUUCCUGAACAGCUCUCUCAUCCGGCUGCUCCGGACCGCACAGAGCCCGAGCUACUGACGAUGGAUCAAGUCACACCACACAUGUCACAAGAUGAUGCCAUGCUAGACGUGUGGAGCCGUCUUCUGGUUUCCGAGCUCAUGCAACGAGCUAGCGAGAGCACGCUAUCCACGUGCACGUUCCCAACACCAGACAUUGCUUUCUUGCGCACGGUGUACUGGCUUCAAGACGCGGCGUGCCCUCAUGAGCUGCCCCUGCUCAUGUGUCAAAGCUCCAAGCUGGGAGCUAGGCGCAAGAGCAAGACGAUCUCGGGGGAACAAGCGGCGCAAGAAGCUGAGAAGCUGGAAGCUGCUAUAUUAGAAGCGACGGUGACUCCCUGUCAGAAGUGGACCUUGACGCAAAGGUGAGAUAGGAUUCAACCAGCUCAGUUCGAGGCCUGUCGUCAUCUCUGGCCGCUUAUUGACGCUUGGGAGCCCUUUUUACCCCCCUCUCAAAAUGUAUUUUAGAGCAGCAAAAUUCUGGCAACAAGAAGCGUGGCGCAGAGUAAGUGUUUGGGCGCGCGGGAGUGUGCGAAAAUCUAAAAGAAGGCAAAGGAAAAGGCUGAUCAAGAGCUCGGGCCGCGCUUGCCCACCAAGGCCGCCAUCAUUCACCUCAAUACAGCCGGUCUGGGCCGAGGACCGCUGUAUUGCAAAGUGCGAACGGCUUUGUGCGACAUUUUGCGUUGCAAUGCAAACGUGCCGCCCAUUUCAGUGCGGAGCAUAGAGAGGUGGUACUCGCAUUCGAUAUGGAUCAUGGCAGGCAUCGCAAGCGUCACGCAACAAGAUCGCACCGUAUGCCUGACCAAUUUGAGAGCUGUGAGCAUCGAAAAGGCUCAUGGGGAAUCUGCACUCCGAUUGCAGAGGUAUUGGUCCAUCAGCGAUACGCUCGGCAACGCUCCAGAUUGGUUCGACGAUCAGUGGGGCGGAGGUGCAGCUGCUAGCCUCAUCCUGUAUUGA